UGCGCGUGAGUGAGAGCAACGAGGAUCGCGGAGACUGCGCCGGCUGAGUUAUUAGGAAACGUGGCCUUAAGAGAGAUUCCAGCUCAGCUCAAUGAGAAGCACGCUCAGCUGACACUCUCAGCGCAUCUGUAUUUAAGGCUCGCAGUGUUUAAAGGCGCGGGAACAUGGCUGAUGUGGAGCAGAACGUAGCGGUGCCGGACGCAGCCGGUAACGGGUCGGAUGCAGUAAACGGGACCGCGGGCCGUUUCGUGUCCAGCCCCGAGGGCACAGCACUGGCGUACGGCAGCCUGCUGUUCAUGGCCCUGCUGCCCAUCUUCUUCGGAGCGCUCAGGUCCGUCGGGUGCUCCAAGAGCAAGAAUGCUUCAGAUAUGCCCGAGACCAUCACAAGCAGAGAUGCUGCUCGAUUCCCCAUCAUUGCCAGCUGCACUCUCUUUGGCCUAUAUCUCUUUUUCAAGAUUUUCUCGCAAGAGUACAUUAACUUGCUGCUAUCCAUGUAUUUCUUCGUGCUGGGAAUAUUAGCGCUGUCUCACACAAUGAGUCCGUUUAUGUGCAGAGUUUUCCCUGCUAACUUGCCAAAUAAGCAGUAUCAGCUGCUGUUCACCCAGGGCUCGGGAGAAAGCAAAGAGGAGAUCGUCAACUAUGAGUUUGACACCAAGGAUCUGAUAUGCCUGGGAAUCAGCAGUGUGGUAGGGGUCUGGUACGUCCUCAAAAAGCAUUGGAUAGCCAAUAACCUGUUUGGUCUGGCUUUUGCCCUGAAUGGAGUUGAGCUGCUCCACCUCAAUAAUGUCAGCACUGGAUGCAUCCUGCUGGGAGGUCUGUUCGUUUACGAUGUGUUUUGGGUUUUUGGCACCAAUGUUAUGGUGACAGUUGCCAAGUCCUUCGAAGCCCCAAUUAAGUUGGUUUUCCCUCAAGACUUGCUGGAGAAAGGUUUGGAUGCCAGUAACUUUGCCAUGUUGGGACUGGGGGACAUUGUAAUUCCAGGAAUCUUCAUCGCUCUGCUCCUGCGCUUUGAUGUCAGUUUAAAGAAGAACACACGAACUUACUUCUACACCAGUUUCCUGGCUUACAUCUUCGGCCUGGGUCUUACCAUAUUCGUUAUGCACACCUUUAAACACGCUCAGCCUGCUCUGCUGUACCUGGUCCCUGCUUGUGUUGGAUUUCCAGUGCUGCUGGCCCUGUUUAAAGGAGAACUGACUGAGAUGUUCAGCUAUGAUUCGUCAGACGAGGUUUUGCCCCACACGCCGCGGCUCACUCAUUUCCCCACUGUGUCUGGCUCUCCGUCUAGUCUGGCUAACUCCAUGCAGAGUUUUGGCCUGUCGACCCCCCGCCGCCGCAGGCACACACCCUCCGACAUGUAACGACUGAAUUCUGCUUUUCCAUUACUGUCUGCUCCCGCCUGUGCAGAUACGAAGAGUCUUCACCAGAGGAGGCGCCAUCAAAAGAGGAAGUGACAGAAUCUGAUAAAGACAAAUAAAAAUGCGGGUUGAGCCCUUAGUCAUGUCCUAGUGAUGUGGUCAUGUUCAGAGUCUGCUCAUGGCAGUCACAUGUUCUGUACUUUUGAACUUUAUUUUAAUAUACAACAGCUUGCUCAGUGCCUGUGUAUUUUCAGUUUGUUCCUUUUCAUUCAAUUCAUUGCCUUCAGCAUUUGAAAAUUUGAUUGGCUAUUUGCUUUCAAAGGUUUUUUUUUUUUUUAUCACUUUCAUUAUAAUACAGUAUUUGUGAACAGGGUAGAAGUUAGGCUUUCUGAAUGUAAUGUGUCAGAUUGCUAUACAGAUUUAUUAAAAAUCUGAUGUCACAAGUCCGGUAUCUAUUCCUGUGUAGCUGGUUUCUGUUAUUGUUUUUACUCUAGGAUUUCAUAAGAGAUUCAGUUUGUGAAACAUAAGUAAUUGUCCAUAUUUUAUUACAUGAAGGGACAAAAUCAUUCUGGAUGAAAUAUUUUUACGUUAUGCAAGUGUAAACAAAAGUGGGACCAAAUAUCUCUCUAUAACGUGAUGGUACUGUUUACAUGUGAUGUUUUCUGUAUGUAGUUGAAGGGUUCUGAGUUUAGUUUUCUAUGCCAUAUUGUGUCCUGAUCAUAUUUGUUUGUACACCUCAUGCUUAGCUUGGUAAGCAUCAUUUUACAGUCUCCUCUUGUGUAAUCUUUCUCUUCUCAAUGUAAAAGUUUAAGCUUACGUGAGGAGCAUUUCUUUCUCAGUUUAACUUUUUAUUUGCAUUAAACUAUGGUGUUUACCACUGUAGAAAAGCAUAUAA